CAUAACAAAUCAAGUGCAUUGCAUCACAGAAUCCGGGCAUAGCCUGAGAGGGAGAGUAAAGAAAGUACCUGGAGAAGAAGGAGCCAUGGAAGGUGCACUGGCUGUUAAAACAGUGAUGGUAGUAGUGGUUGUAGCACUCUGUGGAGCUGUGCCCACUACUUCACCCAGCCAAGAAGAGCUCUCUAAAGCCCAGGACUAUCUGUCUCAGUUUUUCUCUGAUGUGGGUGUCAGUGCACCCAGCAGUGUCUGGCGCAGUUCUCUUGACUCCUUCGAAGAUACUCUCAGAAAAAUGCAGGAAUUUUUUGGCAUGGAAGUGACGGGACACUUGGACUCUAACACCCUUGAGGUAAUAGCUCAGCCCCGCUGUGGUUUCACAGACGUGACCCGAUAUGGCCACUUCGACGGUCAACCAAAGUGGGAUAAGACUUUGGUCACAUACAGGAUAACUAACUACACUCCAGACUUGAAUCAAGGAGACGUGGAUGCUGCAAUAGCCAAGGCUCUGAAACUCUACAGUGACAUCACUCCUCUGGAUUUCAAGCAGAUUAACAGCGGCACUGCUGACAUUAUGAUCAUUUUCAAGAGACGAGACCAUGGAGAUUUUGCACCAUUCGAUGGGCAGGGCGGGGUGUUGGCACAUGCCUUCUCCCCUGGAGAAGGCCAUGGAGGUGACACCCACUUUGAUGACGAUGAAAAGUGGACUCUGACCUCAUCAGGAGCCAACCUGUUCUUGGUGGCAGCCCAUGAGUUUGGGCAUGCACUGGGACUGGCCCACUCUCAGGUCCAGACAGCUCUGAUGUUUCCCAUCUACAAAUAUGUGAACACGGAGGGGUACAAGUUGCCAGAUGAUGACAGACUGGGAAUACAAGCCAUCUACGGAAUCAGAGCAGCUCAACCACCGACUGAACCUGACCCAAAUCCACAGCCUACCAAAAGACCUGUGCCAGAACCCCAACCUAGACCUGAACCAGAUCCUGAACCCAUACCAGACAGGUGCAGCACAAAUCUGGUUUUUGAUGCUGCAACCUCCAUUCGGAGAAGUCUUUACUUCUUUAAAAAUGGACAUUUCUGGAAGAGGAGUAGCUCCUGGGACGGUAUUACUAUGAAGAGUAUUCAGUCUGCCUGGCCUGGAAUCAGCAAUGUUGAUGCUGCUUAUGAGUAUAAGAAAAGAAAUAAAGUCAUUUUCUUUGAAGGGGAUCAUUACUGGGGGAUCAGAGGAGAUGCUGUCCUACCUGGUUAUCCCAGACCUAUCACCGACUUUGGCUUCCCUCCAUACGUCACCAAGGUAGAUGCAGCUGUCCAUGUGUCAGUUACAAGCAAAACCCUUCUCUUUGCGAACAACAAAUACUGGAGCUAUAAUGAAAGGAGGGGCAGAAUGGAUUUUGGGUACCCAAGAUACAUAAAGAUAGAGCUCCCCGGGAUUGGCUAUCGAGUGGAUGCUGCUUUUGAGAACAAGGGUAACUUGUACUUCUCAUAUGGAUCCAGGCAGACAGAGUACUCCUACCAACGAAGAAGAGCUAUCCGAACUCUGUUAAACUACAAAUGGAUGGAUUGCAAGUAAAGAACAACCCAACUACACACAUGAAUAGAAUAAUAAAUUGUCAUUUAUGUGUGAAAUUAAAAUUUGGUGUUAAAUUAAUAAUGAGAGCUCAACAGGCUGGUUGUUUAAGGUAGCACAGCUCCAUUUCCUUGUAUUGCGUUAUGAGAAAGUGGACGCUUAAACACCCUCACACACACACACACACACACACACACACACACACACACACACACAGAGAGCGAUCAACAUGCAACAAAGCAAUGGCCUAUUCCCUUAACUCAUCAUGAGUUAUUGUAGCCUUACUCUAGAAAUCUGCAAUCAAAUAUUCCUGAAAAUGUCAUGUAAUGUGAAAUAUAUACAGUAAUACUGCUGUAGGCAACAGCUGCUUGUUAAGUAACUAAAUGGCUUCUCUUGGAUACAUCAACUUAAUAUAUAAUCAAGCUUUAAAAGGGAACAGUAAAGAAUGAGUUUCAAUUUUUUGUCAUGUACUUAGUAAUUCUGCUGUGUGUGUAUUUCUGGUAAAGGCUAAAUUUCUGGCAAAUAAAACAGUGUACUGGGAAUAUUA